AUGAAGAUUAUCUCUAUUUCUCCCGCCUUUUUUUUUCUUGUUCUUAGUCCUCCCCUCUCUCUCUCUCUCUCUCUCUCUCUCUCUUUAUACAGUAUUUAUUCAUGUCGUCUCUUGUGUACUUCAAGUCACAUUAUGGCCAAUUUAUUCAAGGGUAAGAAGCUUUUCAGCGGUGACAAGCAGGUCGAUUCAUCCGAGCUGCAAAAUAAGAUUGUUGGCAUUUAUUUCACCGCCUGCUGGUGUCCCCCUUGCCGUCAGUUCACUCCAAUACUGAAAGAAUAUUACGAAGCAUGGAAUGGAGAACCUUUUGAAAUCGUCUUCCUCAGCUUUGACCGUACCAGUGAAGAUUGUGACCUUUAUUAUAAAAACAAUCAUGGUCCAUGGCUCAGGAUGGAACACAAUGAUCCAUUCGUUGAAGAACUGAAAAACAAAUACAAUGUGACCGGUAUUCCCAAGCUGGUUAUAAUCAACCGCAAAGAAGAGGUUAUUUCUCUGAACGGACGUGAAGAUGUCCAGGAUAAGAAACUUGAUGCCAUGAAGUAUUGGAAGGAUGCGAAAUGUUCUUAA